AGAGUGAAGACGGAUAAGGGUAUUUUUGGAGAUAGAUGAUCCUGUGCGGGAACUCGCACCCAAGUUUCAGUGCUCAUCUCUCUUUCAUCUCCCUCCUUUGUCUUCGAUUCUCAAUCGCCUGAUCAUUCUCAGGCCUCCACUUAAUUUUUGUUGUUCCAUUCCUUUUUUUGCAAAACUGGAGAGGCACCACCCUUCUUCCUCCGGACCUUCGUGGCCUUCCGACGACCGACGUCCCAAUUUCAAUCACCAGUUUGAUCCCUAUGUUCAAUACCCCAAUCACCAUCCCGGGCCCCCUUUUGGCCAGCCCAAUUAUCCCCCUCAGUACCCCCCCCAUCCACCACCACCUCCUCCUCCGCCCCCUACGCAGCACCAGCCUCCCUUCCAGCCUCAGCCCCCGCCCCCGCCCCCGCCACCUCACCAGCACCAGCUUCAGCACCCGUUCCAGCAUCAGCACCAGCAGAACAACUGGAACCAUCCGGAGUUCCACAAUCAUCCCCCGGACUACCGUCCCCAGCCGCACUUUAACGGCGAGAUGACUGAGGGGUUCGGAAACGGCGGUUUGAGGCCGAAUUGUGGGAAUCCAAAUGCCAAUUUAGGGCGUAAAAGGCCUAGAAACUAUUCCAACAGAACUGUUCCUGGAGAUCAUGCUGAGGCUAGUGGUCAUGUGAAAUUGUAUGUUGCACAAGUUCCCCGAACAGGAACUGAAGAAGCUAUUCGUCCUUUGUUUGAAGUACAUGGAGAUAUUGUUGAGAUUGUAAUAUUAAGGGAUAAGAUAACUGGCCAACAACAAGGCAGUUGUUUUGUGAAAUACUCUUCCUCCGUUGAAGCAGACAGGGCAAUCAGAGCUUUGGACAACCAGUAUACUUUUCCUGGAGAACUGACUCCCAUCAAUGUAAAAUAUGCUGACAGUGAAAAGGACCGCCUGGGAGUACUUGAAAAAUUGUAUGUUGGUAGCUUGAAUAAAAAUACUACAAAAAGGGAAAUUGAGGAGGUAUUCUCACCUUAUGGUUUCGUUGAGGAUAUUUACAUCAUACGAGAUGACCUGAAGCAAAGCCGAGGAUCUGCCUUUGUAAAGUAUGCUCGAAGAGAUAUGGCAUUGGCAGCAAUCAAAGCAUUGAAUGGCAAUUUUACGAUGAGAGGUUGUGAUCAGCCAUUGAUUGUUCGUCUGGCAGACCCUAAGAAACCCAGGAUUGGUGAACAAAGAAGCAGCAACGUAUCAGGCAGCCCGAGAUUUGGUCAUCAUCCUCAACCGUUUAGACCUGAGCCUCCUGUUGGUCCUGCUGGAGGGUGUUUUCCCAAUAAUUCAUACCCGGGACAACAAAAUUCUCCAAGUUUAGGACCACCUAGGAAUGCUUCCCAAGCGGCAUCCCAUACCCCUUUUGCUCCUAAUAGCAUACAGAAACCAUCCCCUCAAAUACAGGAACCGCCAUCAUCUUUUGCUCAAAUGUCAUCACAACCAAUGAGGUCAACACAGCAAGUUUGUCAGCCUCCUAUUCAGACUGAUUUUUCUAAGAUGCAGAAUCAGGUGCCUUGUCAACAGCCCCGGCAAGAUUCACAUCAGCAGCAAAAUUUACAGCCUCCUGCUGUACGUGGUGUUCAGACCUUUAGUUGUACUUCCGACUCACCUAUGGGGCGUCCAAGCUCUCGGGUAGAAGUUACUUUGGAGUGUGAUUGGAGUGAACACACCUGCCCAGACGGUUUCAAAUACUAUUAUAACUGUGUCACCUAUGAAAGCUUGUGGGAGAAGCCAGAAGAGUUUGCCUUGUUUGAGAAACAACUAAAGCAGGAAAAGCUUCAAAAACCAAACCAUCAGAUUCAUUCUUCAUUACCGGGUGUCUCUUCUCAAGAAGUGCCGCCUCAGCCAAAUCUUUUUAGUCAAAAACUUGACGCCCAAUAUUCCUCAGCUGUACGAGAGUUGGAUUGUAUGCGACUUCAAUCAAAAGCAAGUCCUGUUGUUAGUCCAGCGUGUGUUUAACAGUGUUGCCAAAGCUAUAGGUAGGUUGUUUAAGAUAUUUUGAAGUUUAUCCUGUUGGCAACUAACAUUGAGCCUUUAAUUUCUAGUAAAUACACUGAAUUAGGAUGGUAACAAAGACUUCAUGUUAGCUGCUCGACUCGUAGCCAAGGCAGUUUUUGAAUUGCUCGUGUAAAGCUGAUGUACUAUAUAGUCUACUGGCUAUGUCAAUGGUCCUGCUCCUGUUGGUGUAAUUAUAUAUAUAUGAAGGGAUAGGCAGAGCUUGCAUGUACUUCCAUGGAGUUGCUGCUCUAGACGGUAAUUAAUGUGCUAUUAAUGCCUUAAAAACUGUAGUUCUACCUCCUUUAAUCCAUUUGAUACUUGCAUUAACACAUAGAUGCCAGUAGGUUCUUUAUUUUUUUAUUUAUUUAAUUUUCCUGCUUUAUGUUUUUUUGUAAUCGACUUUGGAGAUGUUCGAAAUUAUAUUGUUACAGCAAUGAGGUUGAUUAUAGUUUUAAAUUAUUUUCAAGGGAUUCUUCUUCUUGAAUGAGGAAUCAACUUUAAGGUGAUUA